AUGACCUCGCCCAUGGAUCCCCAAUAUCAGCAAGAUCCAAUGGCAUCCAGCUUCAAAGGCAAUGACGAUGAACCCAUGGGUGGUGUCGACGACAACAUGAGCACCACGCCCACAGGUGGCUAUAAUAACGGCUAUCAAGAGGGCCCACGACGCCAGUCCAUACAAUCAGAGAACUACCCGCCUGCCAAUGGCUCCUUCUCUCCCUCUACAGAAUCAGACCCCAACACUCGCUACCCCUCAUCAAGCGCGGGAUACCAACAACAAGCGCCUCAGCCAUAUUCAAGACCUUCGUCGGGAUUGUCCGGGUCAGGGGAUAGGUACGGAGGCUACUCGCAGAACCACCAAGAUCAGAACCAGAGACCCUCGUCACACCAGGAUGCACCAAGAGGUCAGGAAAAAAUCCAGGGUCAGGGUCAAGGUCAGGGUCAGGCGAGUGUCGUGAUCAAAGUGGGCAUGGUGGGAGAUGCUCAAAUAGGAAAGACAAGCCUGAUGGUUAAAUACGUCGAAGGCAGUUGGGAUGAGGACUAUAUCCAGACUCUAGGUGUCAAUUUCAUGGAGAAGACCAUCUCAAUUCGCAACACAGAGAUCACCUUCUCGAUCUGGGAUCUUGGAGGCCAGCGCGAAUUUGUCAACAUGCUCCCUCUAGUCUGCAACGAUGCCGUUGCCAUACUCUUCAUGUUCGACCUGACCCGAAAGAGCACUCUCAAUUCUAUCAAGGAGUGGUACCGCCAAGGUCGAGGUUUCAACAAGACAGCCAUUCCUUUCUUGGUCGGCACAAAGUAUGACCACUUCGUCAAUUUCCCCAGAGAGGAGCAGGAAGAGAUAUCUACCCAAGCUCGACGCUUCGCAAAGGCAAUGCGAGCAAGUCUGAUCUUCAGUAGCACAAGCCACAGCAUCAACGUGCAAAAAAUCUUCAAGAUCGUCCUCUCAAAAGCCUUCGACCUCAAAUGCACCAUCCCUGAGAUCGAAAACACCGGCGAACCUCUUCUGAUCUAUCAGCACGUGGCGGCUUAG